AUGAAGAGCAAGCGCGCAAGAGAGGCCGCCGAGGCUGAGGACAAGCACAUCACUCCCGUCGACGUCGAGGCUCCCCCCAAGAAGCGCAAGCGCAACGACGACGAUGCCACCGCCGCCGACGUGAAGAAGAAGGCCAAGAAGGAGAAAAAGGACAAGAAGCACAAGAAGGAGUCGCGCAAGGAGCGCAAGGACAAGCGCAAGGACCUCCAGGACCUCCCCGAGCAGGACGACGACGAGGAGGUGGUGGACGAGCCUGCUGAGGAUUCUCCAAUGGCUGAUGCCGAUGUCAAGCCCGCUUCUGCGACUGCAGACGCCGCAGACUCGGACAAGGCCGCAAAGAAGAAGAAGAAGAAGGAGAAGAAGAACAAGGACAAGGAAUCACAACAAGAGGAGGAGCCCAUCGCCAACGCUGAAGCCAACGAUGAGUCCAGCAGCAAGAAGAAGAAGAAGAGCAAGAAGGAUAAGAAGUCCUCCUCAACCACCGCCAACAACGACAACAACGACGAGGCCGUACCCAACGGCGCGGACGCGGACACGGCCGCUGCCGACGCCGAUUCCAAAGCCGACCGCCACAUCGUCUUUGUCGGCAACCUCCCCUUCACCGCCACCGCCGACACCAUCCAAGCCCACUUUGCCUCGCUCUCCCCCAUCCACGUCCGCUGCAUGAGCGACCCGGCCGACUCCAAGCCGUGCCGCGGCUUCGCCUUUGUCGAGUUCGCCAAAGUCUGGCAUAUGCGAACCUGCCUCGACAAGUUCCACCACUCCAUGUUUGAGGACGGUGUCUCCCCCGCGCGUCGCAUAAAUGUCGAGUUGACUGCCGGCGGAGGCGGCAAGACAAAGCGCCGCCAGGAAAAGAUCCAGGAGAAGAACCGCAAGCUCGACGAGAACCGCACCAAGCGGAUCCAGCGCGAGAAGAACGCCAAGGAGGAGGCCAGAGCCAACACCGACCAGGAGCAGCACAUGGAAGACGCCAUCCACCCUAGCCGUCGUGGUCGCGUCCCCGGUAAUGCUUGGUAG